UAAACUGACAGUUGUCUAUUACUAUGUUUAUACGUAAGCUAGGUAGGUACGUAAGAUGGUAGGUGAAAAUUAAUGUUUAGUAGGCAAGUAUUACGCAUAAAGAUUACCAGUAUCAACCUCAGCUCGACAUGGGACCACCACAUGUUUAAUUAAAUUUUUACUUUACAUUAUAAAUCACUUUUGACGUAUCUAUCGAAAUAAACGUUACGCUUUGCUCAAUUUUCAGAUCGAGCACUUUACCUUGAUAAAUAACUUUUCUCUAUACGAUUAGUAGAUCGCUGGGGAUAAGCGCCUUGUCUUAAAAUAAUAUAUAGAAAUUUUUGAAUAGGUUCACACAUUCCGGUUUUGCCACCAUCUAAAGGAUAUUUGGACUACAUUAAUCGCAAAGGAUGGCCAUCGAUGGUAAUGCAGGCUAUUGUGGACGACAAAUAUAUGUUUAGAAAUGUAAGCAUUAAGUUUCCUGGAAGUGUUCACGAUGCGACAGUAUUUAAGGAGCCUGGUAUUUACAUACAUGCAUCCCAAGUAAUUCCACAAUACACUACCAUGAUUAACGAUGUGAGCACACCCCUAAUGCUGGUAGGAGAUCCAGCAUAUCCAUUGCUUUCGUGGCUAUUAAAACCCUAUACCGGUUCAGUUACACAUAGGGAGGAAUCAUUCAACCGCAACUUGAGCUCUGCGCGUGUGUGUGUGGAAAACGCUUUUGGUAGGCUCAAGGGAAGGUGGCGCUGUCUCUCUAAGCGCACAGAUAUUUCCAUCGAUAUGGUUCCUAAACUUGUGGUAGCUUGUUCAGUUCUUCACAAAUUUUGUGAGAAACAAAAUGAACCCUAUUGCAAUAGGUGGAAUCACUUCGAGGAUACUGCUAAUAUUUACUCUCAGCCUAAUGAUAUUACCUGCACAAGAAUUAUUUCUGACGAAUCUUUCGAUCCAAAACAUAUAAGAGACAACAUCAAAAACUACAUGGCAAAUAAUUUUCCGUUGCGUGAAAUCAGAACUAGAGCUGAUUAGCAAGAAUCGAUCUAAAUAUGUACAUUAGAGUGGUCCUUAAAAAAUCAAAUGAACGAUUUUUUUCAGUCUAAACCACUCAAUCGGUAA